GAGAAAUGGUGGGAAAUGUGCCCCUCCCCCUGGGGUGUGUCUGUGUGGGGGAGGGGCUGCCCUGUGAGAGGGGGAGGGGGACAGAAAAGCCGAUGGGACCGAGCAGAGAAAAGGAGGUGUUGCAGCCUUUUCACAGAGCCCCCAAAUUUCCCAGGAAGGAGCUGGAAAGCUGCUUCCUUUGGGCAGCAGCAGCAGGUCGCAGAUGCUCCCGCCUUGCCGUCCCGGUGGCUUCUCCCCUCCUGUUCACAACCAAGCGUCGUCCCUGCGGUGGCGGCGGCGGCGAAUGCUUGUGCGGCGAGAGGAAACGCGCGCUCUCCAGGCCUGGUCUCCCAGUCGUCCCCCAAGAAGCCUCGUGGCCGGAGCAUCUUCAAGGCGCUUUUCUGUUGCCUCCGCGCGCAGAAUGUGGGGCAGCCGGGCUGCGGGGGCGAGCACGGGCCGCGCACGGAGCAGGCCAGCACCAUCGCCAAGUCUGAUCUGUUGCCGUGUCUUCAGUACCAGUUCUACCAGAUCCCCAGUGCAUGCCUGCUCCCCGAGGCGGCUCAGCAGGACCAGGGCCGCAUCUGCGUCGUCAUCGACCUGGACGAGACGCUGGUGCAUAGCUCCUUCAAGCCGAUCAGUAAUGCUGACUUCAUUGUGCCUGUCGAGAUAGAAGGGACCACACACCAGGUCUAUGUGCUAAAGCGGCCGUUUGUGGAUGAGUUCCUGCGGCGCAUGGGGGAGCUCUUCGAGUGUGUCCUCUUCACUGCCAGCCUGGCCAAGUACGCCGACCCUGUGACGGACCUCCUGGACCAGCGCAGGGUCUUCCGGGCCCGGCUCUUCCGGGAGUCGUGCGUCUUCCACCAGGGCUGCUACGUCAAGGACCUGAGCCGUCUGGGCCGGGACCUGCGCAAGACCCUCAUCCUGGAUAACUCGCCAGCCUCCUACAUCUUCCACCCCGAGAAUGCGGUGCCAGUGCAGUCCUGGUUCGACGACAUGGGGGACACAGAGCUGCUCAACCUCCUCCCCGUCUUCGAGGAGCUGAGCGCGGCCGAGGACGUUUAUACCAGCCUAGGCCAGCUGAGGGCGCCCUAGCACCUGGGGCGCCCCCUUGUGGCCCCCGUUCUUCGGCAGGGGACAUUCACGUAGUGCCUUGAAGACCAGCGGGACGCGGCAGGCGAAGGAGGCAGCGCCGCAGACCAAAAUGCCGGGAGGGGCAUCCCAGCCCCCCCGCCCCUCUGGGACCAGGCCGCACUCUCCAGUGCGGGGCAGGCUGGGGGUCCCCAACGCCUUGGCCCAAGGGCUGAGCCCCUGGCCCUCCCCUGCACAUGCUUGUAUCUAUGCAUGGCGGGGUCUCUCUGUGCCAGGCUUGUAUCCAGGCCGUGCUUCCGACAUGGAUGCCCCCGGCUAUGGCAGGCUGCUCCCUGGCUGGGGGCAGCCCCUUGGGGCCCAAGCUGCCCUGACCCUUGCAGGACAGAGCUACCCCCAGACUCCCAGGCCCCACCUGCCAGGCUUGUCUGCAGCUGCCAGGGUCAGUACCUCUCCUGGGGUUGUCUGGGACCUGCUCCCAGCCCCUGGUGGGGGCUGAGCCCCACUUGGGCAGCAGAGAGAUGCAGCCUGUGAUUCAAGGAGCUUCCUGCUGCUCCUGCCCAGGACCUGGGCCAGCCUCUUAGCUCCUGCCUGCCUUGCACGUGGGGCAGCAGGGCAUCUCCAGCCUAGCCAGGUGGGGGUCUAGCUCUGUCCCAGCCUCCUCUCUGGCUGUUUGCCCCCUUGGGGUCUGGGCUAGGACAGGUGGUGGUGCUGCAGCAGCCCUAGCUUGUGCUCUGGGGCUGCGUCUCAGGGCCCAGGCUGCAGCCCCGGGUGCUAGGAGCAGGCGCCUAUGCUGAAGCCAUGGUCCUGUGCCUUGUGUGGGUCUGGGGGAGCAUGAGGACUGAGCUUGCUGGUGCUUGGCCUCUAGGGGCACCACGGACCUCAUGGGACUGCCCCGCACAUCCUUGAGACAUGCAUCAAGCUCAGGCCUUUGCCUGUGUGAUGGGGUUGAGGCCCACGCCAUGCGCUGGCCGCCCGGUAGCACGUACAGGGCUGUACGCUGCAGCAGCAGAGUGCUCCCCAUGGACUGAGGCCACCAGUGCCAGCAAGACGGUCACUCCGGGGCCUUCCUGCCCCCCUGUCCGCCCAUGCCUGGGCCUGUAUCUUGGGUGGGACUCCCACCCUCCUCUAGGGGGUCUGUGGGCAGACCCCAGUCAAGGCUGGGCCCCUGCCUGCCCCCCAUACUCCUGGUGGGCAGCCGGGUCUUUCCAAGUGCCAUUAGCGCCAUGCACGGGCGCCUCCUCCCACUGGGACCUGGGCUCUCAAUAGGGGAUGAAUCCAGCCUGGCUCUGCCCUGAAGCCCCCCAAAACCCUGGGACCUCCCCCAUGCGAGGGCUGUGCGCGCUGGGGGGAACGACCAAAGCCCCACGUCAGGUGAUUCCACACCAGCAAUUCCUGCACUGCCCUGCUCCCCACCCCUGGGCCAACCCCUUCCACCCAGCCAUGGUGGGACCCCUUGGUGCCAGGGAUCAGGGCAGGGUUCUCCCUGCAGAGGGGUAAACCUUCAAUGCCUCUGGGUCCCCCACACUCCUCCUUGGCGCCCCUGUUGCCACCGCCCCCCCCCCUCAGCCGGGUCCUUCGGGUGCAGCAGGGAGACCCCUUCCCAGUGGUUUGGAGACCUCGAUAUUGCCUUGGUUCCACGUUCGCGUUUUCUUGGUCAUUCUGUUUUUUUUUUUUUUCUGUUGAGCUCGGAGACACUUGAACCCGGGGCUGCCCGGGCGGAGCCUUUGUAUUAACUGCCAUUAAAAAAAUGAACCAGA